AUAGCUAUUUUUAACCAUUGAUUAUUUUGAUCCAAUGGAUGUAAUUCAAUUUGCUCCUUGUCCAAUCAUUUUCUUUUGGUCUUCCUCUCACUCUCACGUUUCUCUCUGCUCCUCUCUCUAUUGAGAUUUCAUUUCAUCAUUCUACUCUUCUUCUUUCUUCACCAUAGCAAUCCUCAUUCUACAAACACAAACCAUUAUCACUGUCACCUCCGCCCGAAGCCACCAUCACAUCCGCCACCUCCUCCUCCUUGUUCUCCACCUUCGCGGACCACAAUCGCAUCCUCCUCCUCCUUGUUCCUCAACCACAAAUCUAGAUUCGUGAAUGGAGAUGACGCUGGUGAGACUGGAGAUGACGACGACAGAGGUCUCAAACAAACGUAAAUAGGCAUACGAAUCUGGGAGGAGGCACGGAAGCUGCAGAUGAAGACGUCUCCGGUCAAGGCUGGAAGAGGAGGAGGCACAAGGCUCAUGAAGGAGGCGAGGCGGCAGCUGCGUCGAAGGAGGCGCACGGAAGCUGUAGUGGGGGAGACCCUGAGGCUGGAAGCAGAGACGACGGCGUCUCCGGUCAAGGAUGGAGAAGGCCAGGCGCACUGGUUGAGGAGGCACACAUGGAAGAAGCGCACAUGGAGAAGGGCGGCUGGAGUUUUUUUUUUAAGGGUUUUCCGGUUUAGUGUAAACCGAAUUGGAUAAACUGUUGUGGUUUACUUUAUUUUUUAUUUUUCUGGUUUAGUUUUGUAAACCGAAAUUUAUUUAUCAAAAUAUUUUAUUUUAUUUUUAAUUAUAAAAAAUGGGUUCAAUUUUAAUUAUUUUAAUUUAGUUUAUUUAUUUAUUUUAGAAUGACCUAUCAUGGCACGAAAUAUGAACUAUUAUUUAAUUUAAUAAUAACAUUCAAAUAUUGCUAUUGUAUCUCUAUUUUUUGUAGCGUUACGAAAAUGGUAUCGUAGAAGGGAUACCUAUGAUUGCUGCCGCAUACAUAGCAUUUGGUAAAACGCUAUCAAACCCCUAACAUAGCAUAAAACCCGCGCUAACAAUGGACAUAUUUCUUGUAGUGAUCCAUACAUCUCGUGGACAGGCAAUUGUGAUGAAGUUGAUAGUAUAACUUUUCUGAGAGAAGAUGAGGUGGAGGAUGAUAGAAUCAAGGUUCUCAAGAGGAUGAUAAUGGCUAACCAUGACUUCAGUGAUCAUACUUGGGAGUAUGAAGAGACAAUAGUCUUUUCAUUUGGGCUUGAUGACAAAGAAGUUGGGAGCGAUCAAGCAGGUGGGAGCGAUGAUGGUGAAGCUGGGAGCUAUGAAUCAGGUGGGAGCGAUGAUGAUUUUCGAACUCCAAAAGGAUCAGCAAACAUAGGCUCCAGAGCUACAAAGGGAAAGAAGAGGCUUCCGGAUCGUGGAAUGGAAAAAAGGAAGCAGAAGGUUCUACAUACUAGAGCACAACAGGCUCCGUUUGAUGAAGAUAUGAAGGAGUUUGUGGCAAACUUGUUUCAGCAGAAUUUUGCUGCGAUGGAGCAGAGGCUAGAGAAACAGAUGGGUGAAAGGUUUGAGGAAAUAAAGUCUGAGCUUAAAGUUCUACGUAGGGAUUCAAGCGUGGAAGUUGAGCCAUCUGCGAGCAAGCCAUCGCCUAGCAACCCAUCGCCUAACAAGCCAGCGUCUAGCAACCCACAGCCUAGCAAGCCAGCGUCUAGCAACCCACAGCCUAGCAAGCCAGCGUCUAGCAACCCACCGAGGAGGUCCAACCGCUUGGUAAAGAACCACUAGUCUCCAUAACUCUCUGAAAUGUCUCUUAACUUGUUGUAUUGUUAUUUUUUCUGUUUUUCGGCCUUGUGAUGUGUUUUGCAUUGUCUCGUUUUGAAAGUGUGUUUGGUUUGUAAGUGUUAAUUAUG